AAAACUAUAGAAAUUGUUGUUCUUUCGGCAUGCUCCCCUGUUUUUGAGAGCAUGUUUAUAUGUGAUCUAAAAGAAAAAGAAUCUUCUUCAAUCAACAUUGAAGAUAUGUCAUUGGAUUCCUGCUCUGCUCUCUUAAGAUACAUUUAUGAUUCCAUAAAUCAAGAAGAUUUUUGGAAGCACAGGCUCUCAUUGCUUGGUGCAGCUAAUAAGCAUGAUAUUGCGACACUAAAGGAUUGCUGCGAGGAGAGCCUUCUUAAGGAUCUGAACGCUAGUAAUGUUCUUGAGAGGCUCCAAGCGGCUUGGCUUUACCAGCUUAACAAGCUAAAGAAAGGGUGUCUGGUGUAUUUAUUUGAUUUUGGGAAGAUAUAUGAUGUCAGUGAUGAAAUCAAUGGCUUAUUCAGACGUGCUGACAGAGACUUGAAACUGAAUAUGUUCCAAGAGAUGAUCACUCUAUGUAGGCCUACCUGAUGGUUAUAAUUUUCAGUUGAGAAACC